CCCAUGAUUAAUAAAUCAGAAGAUCCGAUCGAAAAACUCACAGCAAUGAUUGAUGGUGCAGAUUUUACGAGGUACAACGAAGAAAUAGAGAAGAACCCUCUCGAGAGGCACAUAAAUACUCCAUUUUUCAGGAAUAACGCUCUUCUCAUCCAAAAAUUAGACGAGCUGUAUAGAUCGACAGGUGAUGAGAACGUGCUGUUCCUGAUGCAUGCGAAGAAUAUUUCGCAAUUUCACUAUUCGUACUACAAAAAUUUUGCAGAUUAUUUUGUUAAAGUGCAUAACCACGGAGCAGCUGAUUACAUCCUGAGAAAAGGCAUCAGAAUGGACUGCUACCGCAAACAGAUACUGGCAGAUAUGCUUAAGGGCCUGCCCGCCACGUGUUCCGUUGCCGGCGAGAACAUAAAAAAAGUAUUUAGAAGAAAGUCAAUAAUUCUGUUCGGUAGAGAGUGGGUGAACCGCGACCAAAACUAUGUUUUUGAUUCGGUUGUGCAUUUUGAUGGACAAUGCUACGGAUUAAUGGAACGGAAAGCUUGUGAUUAUGUAAAAGACCUAGGUGCCCGGCACACUUUAUAAGAUUGGUUGAUAAGAUGCCUGCUUGUACAUGUUACGAAUAAAUAAAGCUUUUUCUUUUCUGCA